AUGCUUAAGAUAUUUAUAACAUAUAUUAUAAUAAUAAACCAUAGGUAUAUACCAAUAUAUUAUAGUAAACCAUGGGUAUUGCACGUGAAAAAUACCAAAAAAAUAAGGUUGAAGAAAAUUGAAUUUUUAACUGCCAGUGUUUCCUAUAGGACACACGCUAGACUUCUGCGAGAGCCCAGUGUUUCUUAUAAGACACACAGUCGAUCAUAUAUUGUGAGCUGGUGUUUCCUAUAG